CACCAUGAUUUUCUUGCUCUUAUUUCGAUUAUUCAGCUUGGAAAUGCUGCGAUAUUAAAGGACGCGAACUCUGACAACCUGGAUGAGCUUUUAAUUGAAUUAGAACGAAAACGAAGUAACGACGUUAUAGAAGAUGAUGUUCUGGCUAAAAGUUGUGAAGGAAAGCCAGCCGAGAUCGUGUAUAUCAUCGAUGACUCUCGCAGUAUUCGUAAGAGCGAUUUCGAGAAGCAGAUCGACUUUGUCGUUGAUGUCACAAAAACGUUUCCCAUCGGUGCUGAUAAAGUGAGGGUCGGUGCUGUGACCUUUGGUGAUAAAAUUAUUACAAAAAAUACAUUCCCAUUGACGAAGUACACUGACGAAAAAAGCCUCUUGACUGGACUAGCUAACAUUAUAUUCAGCCCAGAUGACGGUGGAAGCACAGAGACUGCCAAAGCUAUUUCAUAUGCACGUAAAAGUAUAUUCGUCGAUUCCCGACCAGGUGUUGCGAAAAUUGCCAUUAUACUCACCGACGGAGAGUCAACCGUAAAAUACAAAACACUUGCAGAAGCAAAAUUAGCAAAGAGUCUCGGCAUAACUAUAAUUACGAUUGGUGUCGGCGACAAAGUUGAUGAAGCGGAACUGAUAGAUGUCGCGAGUCCCGACAGUUCUUUCACUGUGAACAGCUUUGACGCGUUGCAGCAAAUUAAAGUGAAAUUAGGAAUGAAAGCCUGUGAAGCGCCCACUACGAUACCUCCACCCACAACAACACCUCCGCCCACUACCACAACAACUCAGCCUACUACCACCACGACUCUGCCUACUACCACCACGACUCUGCCUACCACAACGACACCGAUGCCAAAAGAUGAACCCUGUGACAAAAACAUAGACGUUAAUUUCGUGUUUGACUCUGCAAUGUUGGGUGACCAAAGUACAAAGGAUGUUAUUAGUUUCAUCGAGAGUUCGAUCUCUGAGAAGGACCUUGAUAAAAGCAACAUCAGGUUUGGAGCAGUUUCUGGACCUUGCGAGAAAGUGUAUGGUUUCAAUCUGAAUACAUAUGAUACUAGAGAUGAAAUAUUAAACCAUUUUGAUCAAAUGCAUCAAACAGCCUUCGCGCCGCUCAUAACGACCGCAUACAACGAAUCUUUCCGCGUAGAAAAUGGCGGUCGCGUUGGAGCACGUAAGGUGGCCGUGUUUUUCUUGAAAGGAAAAGCGCAAGAUCCUGUACUAUUAGCUGAAAAGGCGAAAUUUGCCAGAGAGCACGGUGUUGAAAUUUUUGUGGUUGCUAUGGACCAAUUGAAUUCAAGAACGCUCUUGGAAACUCUCGUGUCCCCUAAAGAAGACGAACAUAUCUUGGAAGGUUAUAACGAAAAUAUGAAAUUUUUGAGCGGUGAGUUCGCGCGCCGCCUCUGCACAAGUAAGUACAGUUUUUACACAAGCCCAUUCUCUCACUCUUCUAUCUAUCUAUCUAUCUAUCUAUCUAUCUAAAUAUCUAUCUAUCUA